AUGUACCAUAUUGCACAAUUGGGUCCAAAGAUAAAAUCAUCACAAGGGAAUUGCUUUGUAGUCUUUAAUGAUGAGGCUCUUAGGAGUUUCAUGAAGGAUGCAACAAGGAGGGCCCAUAUGUUGAAGCGGCAUGUGUCUGAAACAUUUGAGGGUGACUAUCAAAAAGGAUAUCCAGAGAACAACACCAACCAGAAACAGCAUGGUUCAGUUUGGGCUGACUGGAGAAAAAAAACUCAUGAGAUAAGAAAGACAGCUGAAAAUGUCCAAUGGAAAAAACUGGUCGAUCCCCAAACCAAUGGACAUGAGCCCAUUCUUUUGUUAAAUGGAGACAAUGAGAAUGAUACAAGGGUGAAGAGUGAAGAGAGUGUGUCUGAGUUUAUUCACAAGUGGGAAAUAGAUUUCAAGAACACAAUCAAAUUCUUGAAAACAGCACAAUCAGAAAAAUCAGGUUUUCCAGCUUUGUCAAUCAAAGACUUUUGUCGUGGGAUACACACAUUUCUAAAACAAAAUUAUCCAACUAAAAUAUCAAAAUAUCAAGUCACAUUAUUCUCUGAAUUCCUUCAUCAAGAUUCAAAAGAUAGAUUUUAUGCAGAGUUUUGGGAUGAUUUUAAAUUAUUGGAAAAUAAGAAACUCAAAAAUGCACUGAUGAAGAAAAAUAGUCGGGUUAAAAAAGGUAAGUUGUAA